GGCGGCGGCAGUAACGGCGAGGGGCCACCAGCCGCCGCCGCCGCCUCCGGAGGGGCCAUGGACGAGUCUUCGCUGCUGGACUUGCUGGAGUGCUCCGUGUGCCUGGAGCGCCUGGACACGACGGCCAAGGUGCUCCCGUGCCAGCACACUUUCUGCCGCCGCUGCCUCGAGAGCAUCGUCAGCUCCCGCCACGAGCUGCGCUGCCCCGAGUGCCGCAUCCUGGUGGGCUGCGGGGUCGACGAGCUGCCCGCCAACAUCCUGCUCGUCCGCUUGCUCGACGGCAUCCGGCAGAGACCUCGCGCCGGCGCCGGCAACGGAGCCCCGGGGAGCCCCACAGCCCCGGGCAACGCGGCUGCUCCCAGUGCGGGCAACCCCGCAGCAGCAGCAACAGGAGGAAACAACCCUGUUCCCUCCACUAACCCCGGCUGUCACCCCGUGGUGGUGGCGGCGGCGGCGGCUACAGCGGCCUCCCCAGGCUCCCCUAGCAGUGCCGCCGCUGCAGCCGCAGCCUCAGCCGCCGCCAGCCUGAGGGAAUUGGCCGCCGCCAGCCGAAGCGCCCUGCUGAAGCGCCUAUGCAGUUCUGUGGAGUAG